AUGCCGCGAGACCCGCUCAUUGGCCUUGUCGGCAAGCCGUCUGCCGGCAAGAGCACGACGCUCAACAGCCUGACGGACGCAACCUUCACAACGAUCGACCCGCAGCGCGCGAUAGGCUACCUCCAGAUCCCGUGCGCGUGCGCGCGGCACGGCGUGUCGGAGAGGUGCAAGCCCAACUACGGCUCGUGCGUCGAGGGCACGCGGUCGGUGCCGAUUGAGCUGCUCGACGUGGCGGGCCUGGUGCCGGGGGCGCACCAGGGCAAGGGGCUCGGGAACAAGUUCCUCGACGACCUGCGGCACGCGGACGCGCUGAUCCACGUCGUCGACGCCAGCGGCACGGUGGACGCCGAGGGCAAGGAGACACGCGGGUACGACCCCUCGGUGGACAUUGCCUGGCUGCGCAGCGAGAUUGUGGCGUGGAUCAAGGGCAACCUGUGGGAGAAGUGGGGGAGCAUCCGGCGGCGGCACGUAGCCAUCAAGGCGACGGCGGUCGAGACGCUGCAGAACCAGUUCUCGGGCUACGGGUCGACGGCGACGGUCGUGGCGCGGGCGCUCGACCGGCUCGGCGUGCGCGAGCCGCUCGAGGAGUGGGACGAGGCCAUGGUCGACCGCGUCGUCAACGCCUUUACGGACGAAAAGUUUCCUACCGUCAUUGCGCUCAACAAGAUCGACCACCCGGACGCCGACAAGAACAUCAGCAAAAUUGCCAAGAUGCAGAACCCCGACACGAUUGCCGUAUGCUCGGCCAUUUCGGAGAUUUUCCUGCGCAAAAUGGCCAAGCAGGGGUACAUCAAGUACACCGAGGGCAGCGAGUUUGUCGACACGCGCGAGGACCUCAUCGAGCAGGGCGACCCGACGGGCGGCGGGCUCAAGGAGCUCGACGAGAAGAACCGGAACCGGAUCGAGAACCUCAAGGACAUGGUGCUGUACCGCUUCGGCUCGACGGGCGUCAACCAGGUGCUGUCCAAGGCGGCGGACCUGUUGGGGCUCGUGCCCGUGUUCCCCGUCCGCAACACGGCGACGUUUUCGUCGGGCGCCAGCGACUCCAAGGCCGUCUUCCGCGACUGCGUCCUCGUCAAGAAGAACUCGACCGUCGGCGACGUGGCGCGCAAGGUCAUGGGCGACGCGCCCGUGGCCUUCGUCGAGGGCAUCGGCGGCACGCGCGUGUCCGAGGACGACCUCGUGUCCGUCGGCAAACACGAUAUCCUGUCGUUCAAAGUGGGUAGAGCAUGA